CGACGACAGCGGCUGGAGCACCGCUUUCGUGUCUCUAGCGCAGAUAUCCUGGCGCCUAUCAUGAAAAGUGACUCGACGCGCGCUUCUCAACGCACUCCUACCAUCGCGCCCUGGAUGAUGACCGGGUAUGGGCUCAUACGGAGCAUUCCUGUGACCGACUAGCGCUUUCUUCGCAGUCGAAUCCAGGUAUUCCAAACCGCUCGAGUCAUAACCGCUGGGCGUCUUAAGCUGAAGGGUCCCUCACUUGUCGUCAACCCAUCUAUCAGUCCUCACAAACCUCGAUAUCGGCAAAAAUCGCCAAAAUCAUGUCUUCCGCCACUAGCAGUGAACUGGCCAAGCUCGACCCUUCUCGUUUGGUUAUUACGCUUGCCAGUUCUCCGAAGCCUAUACCCGAGGAACCUGUCCUUGGACAGACUAUGAGCGAUCACAUGCUCAUCUGCGAGCAUGACCCAAUCAAAGGCUGGGGCGCGCCUGAGAUCAGGCCGUACGGCCCCCUCACGCUCGAGCCCACGGCCAACAUCCUGCAGUACGGCGGCAAUGCUUUCGAAGGGCUGAAGGCGUACGCUGGUCCUGAUGGUCGACCCAGGCUCUUCCGCGUUGACAGGCAUAUGGAGAGGCUUGCUCGUAGCGCGCAGAGAGCAUCGCUUCCGAGCUUCGACCCAGCUGUGCUAAUCAUUCUACUGAAGCGUCUCAUCGCUGUCGAGUCGCGCUGGGUGCCGGCAAAGCCCGGCUACGCGCUCUACAUCCGUCCGACCAUCAUCAGCACGCGACCAUACAUCGGCCUCGGAGCAUCCGAGCAUGCGAUCCUCUACAUCGUUUUGACGCCCGCCGCGCCCUUCCUCGGCGCAGGACGCCCGAUAUCGCUAUUUGCGGAGGAGCAGAAUGUGCGAGCGUGGCCGGGCGGCACGGGUGCGUACAAGAUGGGCAUCAACUAUGCGGGGAUUGUAGGCCCGCAGGCGGAGGUGCAGAGUCGUGGGUACGACCAGACGCUCUGGCUCUUUGGACCUGAUCGCUGCAUCACGGAGGCGGGUAUCAUGAACUGCUUCGUUGUGUUGCGCAGGGAUGACGGAGAUUACGACCUCAUCACACCGCCGCUCGACGGGACCAUUCUCCCAGGAAUUACGCGCCUGUCUAUCCUCGAGCUGGCCAACGCUCACACCGCGGGACGCACGGUCCUCCCGGGUCUCCCUGCGGACCGCAAGAUUCACACCCAUGAGAAGGUGGUUACGAUGCCUCAGGUCCGCGCCUGGGCCGCCGACAGAACACUCCUAGAAUUCUUCUGCUGUGGCACGGCGGUCAUCGUUGUCCCGGUCGGGCGUAUCUGGUUCGACGGGGCGGACGUCAGCCUUGGGGUCGAUAGCGCGAACGAGCGUACCAGACUCGGAGGCGCGGAGGCAGAUUUGCUUCCGCGGGAGGGCGGGCCGGAAACUCCAUCUAGCGCCAACGCCGGCACGCUACCAGGUCUUGUGGCAAGCGGCGCGCAGGGUCUUGCUGCCAGCGCCCUCGGUCCAGUCGCAGCCGCGCUGCGCGAGCGCCUGGUGGACAUCCAGGAGGGCCGCGUGAGCUGGGAGGGGUGGAGUACGGUGGUGGACGCGGCUUGACGUUUGUCCUUGCCUGUCUUGACAUUUGCAACACGCGUUGUUCCGCCUGUUCUGGAGCUCAGGAAUUCCCGUUUUGAUACUCACCAAUUCCCGUUUUUGAUGGACGUCAAUUGAAAGAACGAACAGCGAGCGCCAUAUCGCUGACCCUCGGACCACGGAGCCUCGAGCUGAUAGGAGAAGGGAGUGUCGACCCUCAGACCACGGAGUGGUCAAGAUCCUCGGAUAGCGGACCGUCGAUUCUAGGACAAGGGAAUGUUGGACGACGUCAAGGGAGGAUGCAAUCGCGUCCAUGUGCUUCUUGACAGGUAUUUGUUCGACUUCU